AUGGCGCCGCCGCUCGGGAGCGGGUUGUCGCGUGGUGGUGGGAUGGAGGGGUCGCAGAGCGCCCGGAUAUGCCGAGCUAGGCGGUUUGACGUCAUUGGCCCCAGUUUGCGGGUGGCUCACACCAUCUUUCCUGCAUCACAUCGACAGCACCCAAGCAAACCAUGGCAAGCACGGCAGGCACCAGAUCAGCCGUCCUCCCCGAAAAAUCGACUUGAAUCGCACCAAUUCUCCAACGAAAACCUGGAGGAAAAGGUCCUGUCCCCCGCCCAGACUUAUGCGAUCAUAGCCUGGAGCUGGGACGCGCGGUCACCGUCUGUCCCCUCCCUCGGCCAAGUCCUUGCUUUGCUGCAUUCAGGUCCAGCCCAGUCUACCCCAGCGGCCCCAUACCUACACCUCAGCCCGCGCAAAACCGUAUGCCACGUUUGGAUCCUGGCCGACCUUACCGUAUUACUUGAAGUAACCCCCUUCCCCAGCUCCUCCAGCCCUAAACUCAGUACCCGUAUUCAAUACUAUCGCCCUACUGUCACUAUCGUCUCUCUCCUCCGCGGCCCAUCUGAUAUCGCACAUCGAUCCACCGUCUCAGCCCUACCACUCUCAGCACAGCCACCCAUCAUGUCCGCCGAACCCAACAGCAAGUUCGCGCCUGAGCCUCAGAUCACGCACAAAGGCCGCGAGUUGAGCUUCAAGCAGAAGCUGGAUCAAGCGGCCCACGACGCCCGUAAAUCCGAAGAAGAGCCCAAGCAGAACCCUAUUGUCGAAAAAGCAGUUCCAAUAACCUCUACAAUUUCCAAGCAUAACCCUCACCAUCCAGCCCAGCCCAGCUCCGUCCUAGCCACUUCAUACAUUCCAGCCGCCGCCAAGAUCCUCGGUAACCCGCAGGAGGAAAAGGAGGAAAAGAUUUCGCGUCCAGGAAUUCCAGGACCACCCGAACGGCCGUACGACGACGUCCAGGUGGAGGAAUUCAUCCGCCAGCAACACCGUAGCAAGGGAGAAGACGGCAUUCUUCAAUGA